CUAAAGAAGUAACGAAGGAAGUAGACAGUGGAAUGUAACGAAAAAUAGACUUCUAGAUUUACCCUAACGUUUAUCAUAAAUAAUAAUGGUGACUAGAGAAGAGGUAUUGGGAUUCACUCCUCAAAAAGAAAUAAUAUACAAUAAACUUCUGCCAUAUUAUGAAUCAAUCGAUUGUGAAUCAAAUUGCCAGAUUGCAGACAUCAAGUCGAACCUCGCAAGAGCAGUCCAACUGAAGGAACUUCGCCCCGGUGUUGUCCACUGGACUUCAAAACUAUACACGUACAUCAAUUUGUAUGGACGCAAGUUUAGUAAAACAGAUCAUUUAGCAUUUAUAAAGCUCUAUUAUGACCUACUCGUGAUUCCUGAACUGGAGUUUAAACUUGUCGAGAGGUUUUCUAAGAUGUUGAACGUGCUUCUAAAAAAGCGGAGCAUUUUGUCACGCGAGGACCUGGUUCUGCCAUGGCGCCCUCUAUAUGCUUUAGUAAAGAGAGUUCUUUAUUCAUCCUAUGAGCAGUUGGGUAUGGAAUGGAUACCAGGAUCGAUUGAAGGCUGUUUGAAGAAUGUAGUACAAAGCGCACGAGUGUAUUUUUCUGAUGAGUCCACUCAGGAGAUGUUGGAUGAAUGGCGCCCUCUGAUGUGUCCCUUUGAUUACACAAUGGAGGUUGCCAUAACAUAUUUUGUGUUGUUUUUACCUACUACUUUACCACCUGAUAAACAUCAGUUAGGCUUCAAACUGUGGCUUGAUGAGUUUUUACAGAUAUGGGACAGUUAUCACAAUUCACCACAGUGGGAGGGAGUAAGUAUAAUGACAGACAGGUUCUCCAGAGUUGCUGAUGAUAACAUUGGUUAUAUUGACUGGGGACCAUAUAUACCAAAAUUCUUGACCUGUUACCUGAGAGGUUUCAAUCUACCAGUUGGGUCAAAGAGAUUGCAGGUGGCUCGUCGGACAAAAGGCUAUGAAAAUGUUGUUAUGGCAACAUUCCUCGUUGCAAUGAUGGGUAAAAAUCAAGAUGCAUUGAAUCAUUUGAAGACAUUUUUCAAGGCUGUUGAAUCGUUCUUCCAUCCAUCAAAUGCUGGUAGAUUCUCGUUCAAGUUACAGAGGGUACUUCACAAGAUUCCACAAGCAUUUAUCAAACGUCUACACAGGGAACGGUAUGCAAAGCCAUCUUGGCAGAACAACAUCCCUGAUGAUUACAAGCUCACUGAGGAUGACAUCACGCUGUUUGUUGAGGCAUUCAAACCUGUUAUUUUCCUGGCCAUCUUCAGUAAGAUGGGGCACCUCGAUGCUGCAGCAGGCCUACAGAGCCUAGCCCUAGUUAGACCUGAACUUGUCAUACCCCAGCUACUUGAAAAGACCUAUGCAGCAUUAGAGACCCUGACAGAGCCGCACCAGUUGACGGCCACUUUAAGCUGUGUGGUCUCCGUGGCACGAUCGAUGUUGAAGGCCCGCAAAAGGUAUCCUGAAGGGGCUUCUCAUGUAAUACCAAUCCUGACAGCCGUCCUACCCGGCAUUGAUCCCAACGAUUUCAUCAAGUGUAUGAUAACGCUCCAAGCUAUUUCAACCUUUUCGGCUUUGGUGCCCCUAGUGGACUGCUCCGAAGCGCCUAUGCAUUGGAAGGAUUUGACAGAACAAGAGCGAGAACUCUGUUCAGCAACGGCAACUUUUGAAGCCUUCAUCACAUUGUUCAUGGAGAGGUGCUUCACUCUUAUUGAGAACAGCACAUUUGAACACACCACGUCGCAAGAUUCUACGCAAGCCAAGGUGAACCGGCAAGAGAGCCUGGCUGAGGUCGGAGUAGCGUCUACAUUUAGUACCAUGCUCAAUCAAUGCUCACCAGAAAUCUACCAGGUUGCCUUAAACAAGCUGUUCAAUUAUGCAUCCUCUAGAGUUCUUGAAACUAAAGUUGCAGGAAAGAUGCUUGCUAGUAUGUGCCGCUCAGCAGCCAAGGUGAAUCCAAAGAAAGCCCUUGCAAAGUUCAUCCCCCACUGUAGCAGUAUAGUGUUGUCGCUGACCUCGUCUGAAGAGGCUCAAAACGAAGUUGAACUUGAUAACGAGCUGCUCUUCAACCUACAAGUGUUGUCAGAGAUUGUUCGAUGCGAUAGUUCUGUGCUUUUAACCUACAAGAGCACCAUCUUGGAGGUGUUACGAUCCACACUACAUCUGAGGUGUAAGCAGGGCUAUGAGUUGGCCUGCAACGUUCUCAAAUAUUUCCUGAAGGCUAUGACCAUCCUGUAUCCCCUGGAAUAUUGCAGCAAUGCAGAGGGGCUGGGCAAGCCUAUCUCUGAGUAUCUCCCAAUCAGACACUGGGCUAUGACAGGUGAUGUACACAACCUAAAUAUACAUUGGCAUAUACCAACACCAGAGGGCAUUGCAGCUGCCAAGGAAGUAUUCGCUGUCUUCUGUCGACCAGAAAUCGAGAAGCUGAAAGGUUUUGUUAAAGGUCAAAAUCUUUCUAGAGAAGAAUUGUUGCAGUCUUUAACUAUAGUUUUGAAUACUGUUAUCGGUAUGGCUUUCAUUCUACCACGUUGGAAUAAAGAACCUGUAACAGACAUAAUUGACUUCCGCGUGGAGUUUACUGAGCUGAAUCUUAGCACCGGUAUUCCUGAGACUGGGAGUGAAUUUGAGAACACGAGAGAAGAACUAGCACUGCUUAUGAAUGACCUUCAAGUGUACAUGUUGGAGAAACAUGCAGAUGAUACUAAAUCAUUGUUAAGCAUUAUCACAAUUUACUCGCAUCUAGUGUCAUAUUUUGGGUGUAGUAAAGAAGAAUAUAAUUCUAGAAGUCACAGUUUUGCUUUGGUCAAGCGGUCAAUGGAAGACAAGCUACGCCGGAAGAAAAAUCACCUACGACCGCUGUUGAUUGACAGAGUCUACCUGCAACAUGACUUCCGAAGGAUAAACAGCAGUAAGGGGUCGUACACUGCAAUCGACCGGGUCGUAGUUCACAACCUAGUCUCUCUAUCAAUAAGCCAGUAUAGUGAGGUGCGCACGAAGGCCCAGGAGAUUUUACUCCAUUGCUAUGAUUAUUAUAGUGUUUCCAAGAGAGACACUGUAAACAAGGUGUUGGCUGGACUAAAGGAGGAUAAAGAUAUACCACAUCAUCAGUUCAAGGGUUCGUUGUACAUAAUGGUCGGGCACGGACGCCCUCCGUUUGCGUGCUUCCAUAGAUGGAAGGUAUUACAUGACUGCUGGCUGGCCAUCAUCCAAGCCGGACAUUCAGAGAAGCCGUCGAUCAUGGCUGUGAUUGACAAGCUCAUGGUCAAGAUACAGAAGCAUUUUAGUACAGUUGCAAUUGAAAAUCAAAUAACCGAUGAAUGUUUGAAAGAUGCUGAGCACCUAUUGGACUCAACAUCAGCACCUGCACCAAUCAAAGGCGGACUUACAGCAGAGGAACAUGAACAAGCUACACAAUGGCUACAAGAAAGAAACCAAGAAAAUACUAUGAUUUACAACAAUUUAGUGGAAUCUCUUGUUAAUCUCAUUGAAAAUGGCAAUCUACGUUGGAAGUUCUCCCAGCUUGCCCUCGGUUUUCUUGGAUUACUUAUACGCACGGACAUUCCAUUUCCAGCUAGGGGUGUUCGUCUUAUGGUCAAUAGUCUAGUACACGAAGCUUUAACAGUUCGCAAGAUUGCAGUUGCUACAGUAGGUGCUAUUUUAAAACAACAAAAGCGCCCUCACAAGAUGAUAACCAUAGAUCCAGCUGCUCAAUCAUCAUCAACAGCAGCUGCGUCUGAAUCUGAAGGAGGCCUGAACCCAGGCACCCGUUCCGACAACACAUGGCACCACUACAACUGUACCCGUGCACCUACGAAAGAGGAAUGGGAAAAAUGGGUAUUUGUUGAGAAGACGCAUUGGGGCUAUUACCAAUGGCCAAAACCUUUCAAAGUGUAUGCACCAGUAAGUGAACAACCUAAGCUUGGAAGAAGUAUAGAAGAGUUAACGCCUGGGGAAAAGGCAAUCUAUGUAGCCUUUAGCGAUCCAGAUUUUAUAGAGCAACUAAUGGGUUUCUUAUCGCUAGAGGAUCGUAAGGGCAAAGAUAAAUUUCAAAAUAAACGAUUCACGCUGUUUAAGGGCUUGUUUCGUAACUUUGAUGAUGCAUUUCUCCCGGUGCUCAAACCCCAUUUACUAAGACUAUCACAAGAUGCUCAGGAGAGCAGUCAACGGUGUCUUUCAGAGAUUGUGUCUGGUCUGAUCAGAGGCUACAAGCACUGGUCAUUUGAAAAGGUGGAGAAGCUUUGGGAGUUUCUGGUACCGAUCCUGAGAACAGUACUCAACCAGAUGACGGUGGAUACUAUACGAGACUGGAACAUGUGUUUCUCAACAGCGAGCGAGAGCCGUGACCCUCGUAAACUUUACUGGCUUCUAGAGACGCUUAUGGAAAGCCCCAUCACAGGAGAUGGCGGGUCAUUCAGUGAUGCAAGUCGACUGUUUGUCUUACAAGGUUGUCUUGUACAACAGGAGUGGCGGGUACCGGGGCUGCUUCACAGGCUCCUGGUCUACUUAGAACAACACCUUACACACACAUAUAAGAAUGUACGAGAUCGAGUAGGCAGUGUUCUUUCCUGGAUAUUCCUCUUUGAUUUUGCCAUGCCAAAUGGUAAUGCAACUACCUCACCUCACACUGCAGAUUUCGCAAAGAAGUUACUACCAAGACUUGCGGCCUUGCAGACGAUAGAAGUCGAAAGCAGUGCAUCGGCAAGCAAUACAGAAAUGAUGGAAGUGCAAUCACGCGAAGAAGACGGGAGGCAAGAUAUAAUUAAACUUAGCAAAACAGUAAUGAAGUGGCUUAUAGGUAGUUUAGGUAAAAUGUACUCGCCAAUCUCACCAGAAAUGCUCAAGUUUUUACCAAUGCUUGCACCCCUUGAAAAUGUAGAAUCAGACGAGGAGUUGAAUGAGUUGGCAUGCCUCACGUUAGCUUGUAUGGCUCAGAGUCUGCUGCCCUCGCACAACAUUCCGUAUGCAAUCCAGGCUUUACAAGAGGUUGCCAAUGGGACAUCGUGGCGAGGAAAAUGUAGCAUGCUACAAUACAUGCAGGUUAUGAUCUUCUACAACCUGUUUGCCAUCAGUCAACCGGAGUAUGUAGAGCAGAUUAAGAAUCUAAUAGUUGGGCUGCUAAAGGAUGAAAGACUUGAGGUACGUGAAGCAGCUGCUACAACUUUAAGCGGCCUGUUUCAUUGCGGUUUCUUUAGGAUAGACUCUCAACUCCAGAAAGACUUUGAGAAGAUGUGCAAGACGAAGCUGCCUGCAAAGAGACUAAGAUUACAAGAUCCUCAGUUUAAUGCAGAAGCUUUCUAUUCAUCUAUCAUUCAACGUCAUGCUGGUGUUCUUGGGUUAAGUGCCUGCAUUCAAUCAUGUCCUUACGACGUCCCUGUUUGGAUGCCACAAAUUCUUAUGGAUUUGACCGACCAUCUCCAUGACCCCCAACCAAUUGAGUUAACUGUCCGUAAGACCUUCUCUGAUUUCCGAAGAACGCACCACGACAACUGGCAGGAGCAUAAACAACAGUUUACGGAUGACCAGCUCGUAAUAUUGACUGACCUCCUAGUGUCCCCAUGCUAUUAUGCAUGAGCUAUUCAUCAUGCCUCAAUAAACUUGGUAUUUUUGGCAUUUCCUUUUGACCUCAUCUGUUGUGCAUCAGUGAACUGGGUAUUUUUUCAUGUUUGUGUGACUGGAUAUUUGAAAGGGCACUAACAGAUUGUUGUAAUUGUCUGUUUUUAUAAAUUUAUUUUUUAUGCUCUUGCUCUAACAUUUUAUGCAUAGUACUGUAUAAUUGUUGAUUUUCUAAAAAAAAAGGCGAUUUUAUCCAAUAUACACAAUUUGAUUUUGAUUUUGUUUUAUUAAUAUUUUUAUUUGAAUUUAUUAUAACAAAUUUCAUUUGCAUAUUAACCUAGUGAAGCUUUUUGAUUUCACUCAAUGUGCAUGAGCAAUGAGUCUUAAAAAAAAUCUCUUUUGCAGUCAUCACAUGAUAUGAUAAACAAUAUUCAUGUGGUUUCAUAUAGUUAUACCAUGAAAGUGCGCCCUCUGCAUUCUGGCAGGGAGGUAGAAGUGCACCCUCUGCAACUUAGUAUUGAAAUUAAGGCAUAUUGAUUAUGCCCAACAAAUAAGUAAUCAAGCCGUGGAGGUGCAAAUCAAUGUCAGAUAGCUUCGUAAUCGGCGUUAAAUCUCACAAAACGAGCAGAGGGAACCAUGGCCGUAUCCAGGAUUGCCUUUUGGGAUGUGUGGAGUGUGCAAAAAUUUAUCAACUUGUGCAUGUGGGUCAAGAUCGAAGAGCCGGUGGGAUUAUAGCUUAAGUAAUAUAGAGGUUCCAAAGUCUUUGAUCAAUGUUAGCCUCGUCAUCCAUGAAACGCAUAUACAGUAGUACUAUCUAUACUAAAAAUUAACAAAUUAUUUUUUAUAUCCAGUAUAUUCUUGAUUAUUUUAAAAGUGUUGACCUUUUUGAUCGCAACCCCUUGGCCAAUUUCCCAGAUACACAUGCCUAAUUUCUAUACAUUUUGUUUUUACAAACCAAAUAAUAUACCACUGACCUUUUUACUUUCUUUCCAUGAAUAUUAUCUUCAUAUAUCUUGAUAAUCCUUUCCAUUCCUAUGAACUGUAAUAUAGAAAUGACAAUAAUUAUGCAUGUUUGUUACCUUAAUUAUAUCCACAAAAAUGAUAAGCAUUGGUCAACUAGAAGCUUGGUUGUGCAGUAAAAAGUUGAACAGCUAGCUGCUCAAUAAAUAACGGGUUAAUCACUUUUGAACAACUGCUUACAUUAAAUAAAGCAAGGUGUAUUUUUUUAAUGAAUAAAUAUAUAAGAUGACAUUA